GCUGUAACUCAGUGUCUCCCAGCAUCUCCUUUUUUUAACUCUCUGCCAGCCACACGGUAAAUAGAUUACCAAGGAUUCUCUUAUUUAAAGACUCAAGCAAAAGCUCUGCUGUUUUAUUUUUGGCUUAUCCAGGAAUAACACUACAACAACACAGACAAAAAACACCCAGUGGCAUCCAGUAGACGUUACCUUCUCCCUGUGGGACGUUCGUGUGUGGCGGGGCUGUCAGAGACUUUAGUGGGUCAGCUGAGCGUGGUCUUUGCUUUCUGCACCACUGAGCUGGGAUCUCAUUUGAAUCUGUCCUGCUGGGUUUGCUGAGCCAAGAGGCUGCCUGCGCCUGUGCCUGUGUGUGUGUGUGUGCGUACACACAGCAGUGAUCAUGUCCCUCAGACUGCUGCCCGCUAUCGUGAUGGAAAACGACGAGGACGAUGAUGGGAACUUCACCAACUGGAUGAGUAGCUACUGGGGUCACGGAAUGGAUGGCGGACACUCCAGAGAGAGAAAACGUAGUUUCAGGAGGCCUUCGAAAACAAACCUCGACCGCAGAGCAUCACUCCCCACCGUGACACAACUGGAUGCCAUGAAGCUGAACAAGACCCACACGGCAACCAACGCGCCCAUUCCCAAAACGAGGGAAGACAAGGGGGAGGUCAGGCCUCACCAGAGGGUUCAUCGCAUCUCCUCGGACGAAAACCGGCCCAAGACGGCCGUCACAGAGAGCCGCAUCACCCCCAUCCCAGAGCUGACAGAGUCCUUCCAGAGGAGGCUGUGCUUCACUGACAAGAAAACCAUGUGUCUGAGCGAUAAAGACAAGAUGUGCCUGAUUUGCCAUGAAGACAUGUGCAAGAACGGAGAGGGAGUUCAAGAACUUCACUGCACACACCGCUUCCACAAAGAGUGCAUGGAGCAGUGGCUGUGGAAGAGACAGACAUGCCCCACGUGCCGCGUCCAUGUCUCCGUCAUAAAGCCUCUCUACUGGUCUUCGUCCCGCACCACUGUCCCAUGACGUCCCUUGCGCUCGCAUGUUCAUUCCUGUGACCUCCCGGCCCCAGAAGCUUCCAGCACAUCCUAACCUGCCAUUCCCUCUGCAUGGUCACCCACUUCUAGAUUGUCUUCUUGUCUUGGAGCGGCCCGGAUCCUCCAGCUAGCAGACAGACUUUGCUGCUGAGCAAUGAGAUCCGAGGAGUCCAUGUUUCGGGAGAACCUGUGGCCAUACUGGUCGGUCUGAACUGCUCACAGCAAAACUAAAGGACACACUAAGCGAAUUCAGGUCCAGACAACGGGCAGCUUAUUUGUAUGUGUAAUGUCAGAUGAAACAAACUCCUACGAGGGAGGCUAGUUGACGAAGGUUUUACCUCAAUUUGUCAUAAAAGUACACUCUAAAAAUUGUUAGCUGGAUGAAAAACAAUAUAAUUCGGGUUAUUUUGAUGUCUCAGUCUUGCUAAUGCCAAAGAACGACUGACCAUGACUGGGCUGAUUUGCCACAACAGCAUGCUGGGUGUGGUUUUAAUUAAAGAUGAUAAUAUCAAACUUAAAGAUUAGCAAAAAGUAAGCAGGAAAAAAG